CAGUCCAUUUUAGCGUCUGCUGCAUAGCAGCCACAUUCUCUUUAUAUUUUAUGUUGCAGGCCUCUUCUUUAUUUCAUAUACUUUCUCCAGGAAGCUCUUUAAAAAUUGUUGAGACGAUGAACACUGCAAAAAGGGUCGCUCAGCUGCUGUCAUCUAACAACUUCAGGACCCUCUUUGACUCUGUUGAGGCAUUUCUUUUUGAUUGUGAUGGUGUGAUAUGGAAAGGCGAUAAACUCAUUGAUGGUGUUUCUCAAUCACUUGAAUUACUUCGCUCUAAGGGGAAGAAGCUGGUUUUUGUGACAAACAAUUCCUUAAAAUCAAGAAAGCAAUAUUCUAAGAAGUUUCAUUCUCUUGGAAUUUCUGUUAGUGAGGAUGAGAUAUUCUCUUCAUCUUUUGCAGCUGCUAUGUACCUAAAGACUAACAAUUUCCCUCAAGAGAAGAAGGUAUAUGUGAUAGGUGGAGAAGGUAUAUUAGAAGAGCUCCAGCUUGCGGGUUACAAAGGUCUUGGUGGCCCGGAAGAUGGUGAAAAAAGAGUAGAGCUGAAAUCAAAUUCCUUAUUUGAUCAUGAUAAGAGUGUUGGAGCAGUUGUGGUUGGGAUAGAUCCAUAUAUCAACUAUUACAAACUUCAGUAUGGAACCCUAUGCAUACGGGAGAAUCCAGGUUGUCUAUUUAUUGCAACAAAUCGUGAUGCAGUGGGACAUAUGACUGAUUUACAAGAGUGGCCUGGUGCGGGUUGUAUGGUUGCUGCCAUCUGUGGUUCAACAGAGAAAGAGCCUAUUUUAGUUGGAAAACCAUCAACUUUCAUGAUGGAAUUUUUGAUGCAAAAAUUUCAUGUGAGCACCUCCAAAAUGUGUAUGGUGGGUGAUAGACUGGACACUGAUAUUUUAUUUGGACAAAAUGCUGGCUGCAAAACUCUUCUUGUUCUUUCAGGAGUGACAAAUCAAUCCACUCUAGAAGACCCUAUGAACAAUAUACAACCAGAUUAUUACACAAGCAAGGUGUCUGAUUUCCUUGACUUAAUGGGGCCAUAACCUCUCAUUAUUCUUGUAGCUGAAUUAUUAUUUAGGCAAAUUUGACAAUGCCUAUAACAAAUGUUUAUCUUUUCAAUCUGUUAACAGAUUUGUAGAGUUUCGUGAAUUAUUUGCAUUGCCUUGUACUGUUUGCAUUUUAAUAAAAGCAGUCCUAUUGAUUAAAUGAA